UAUCGUGAUUGAUAAGAUCAUAUAGUUAAUAAUGAUAUAGUUAUUAAUUUUAAUCAUAAAAAUUUGAAAAAAGAAAUUACAAUGUCAUCAUCGUCCAAAUUAUUUAAAUGGGAAUCAAGAUCUAAAGAUAGAAAUAAUACUGAUGACAGUAAAAAUAUACGUCAUAAAUUGAAAAAACACAAGCAUUCAUCUAAAAAAAAAUCAAAACAUAAGAAAAAAACAAGGUCAUCUUCAAGUGAAUCAUCAUCAUCUGACUCGACUUCCAAUGAGGCUAAAUUAUUACAACGUUUAAAGCAAGAAAGAAUGAAGUUAUUAGAAGAAAGAAACCAGCAAAAAGAAUUGUUAAAAGCAAUGGAAACACCGGAAGAAAAAAGGUAUAGACGUUUAAGGAAAAAAGAAGCUAAAGAAAGGAAAAGAAAAGAGUUAAUGGGAUGGGACAAUGAUUAUUUACACUAUACAAAUGCAGAUAAUCCUUUUGGAGAUGGAAAUUUGCUAUCUACAUUUGUAUGGGAUAAAAAACUAGCCAAGGAUGGAUUAUUAGGUGUUAGUCAAGAAGAAUUAGAGGCAAGAAAUAGAAUAAAAAUGGAAGAAAAUAAACGGGAAUUAGAAAAAGUAAAAAAAUCACGAAUGGAAAGAGAAAUGGAAAGACAACAAAGGGAAGAAGAAAUGGCUUUAUUGCAAAGAAGUAAAGAAGCAGCCCAAUUCAAAGAAUGGGAAAAAAAUGAAGAUCAGUUUCAUUUAGAACAAGCUCGUUUACGAUCUACAAUUCGAAUUCAAGAUGGUAGAGCUAAACCUAUUGAUCUCCUUGCUAAAUAUGUGAGUAAUGAAGAUGAUAUAGAUACUGCAGAAAUGUAUGAACCAUAUUUUUAUUUAAAUGGAUUGAGACUUAAAGAUCUAGAAGAUCUUGUGGAAGAUAUUAAAGUUUAUAUGGAACUUGAAAAAGGAAAAAAUUUUGAAUAUUGGAAUGAUAUUACUGUUAUAGUUGAAGAUGAAUUACACAAAAUGAGAAAAAAACAAACAGAAUCCGCUUAUACUGUUGUUGGACGCAGGGAAGGAAUACAUCAAUCAGUUUCAAAUGAAGUAGCCCAGAUUUUUAAGGGAAAAAAUGCAGAACAACUUGAUCAAUUAAAAACACAAAUAGAAAAUAAAAUUAACAGUAAAGCAGAAGGUGUUGAUAUAGGAUAUUGGGAAACUUUACUGUCACAACUUAAAGCUCAUGUUGCUCGGGCAAGACUUAGAGAUCGACAUAAUGAAACAUUGAAACGUAAAUUAGAGGUUCUAAAAGCUCAACAAAAAAUGGAUGAAUCAGAAAUUUCAGUUGAUAAAGAAGAGUGUAAUAAAAGAAAUAUACUUCAACAACAGUCAGUCUCAAAAUCUCAAAAUCCUAUUGAGCCAUCAACAUCAAAAGAAAAAACUUUUACUAAAGAAGAGUCAACUCAAGAUUCCUUAGAAGAAAUGAGUGAUGCUGAGCAAGAAGUUCGAAAUAUCUUAGAAGAAUGUGUAGCUGAUUAUGAAGUAAAUAGAUAUAGUCCUGUUUAUGUAUCUCCUAAUAGCCUUGAACUUGGUACUUUAAUUGUAUCCGAAGAAGAUGACAAUAAAAGAUUGACCUUUGCCAGAUUGCAAGUUCAGGGUACUGGAACGAGAAUUGAAAAUGUUAUGGCAGCUGAAGAAAUGGCUUUACAGAAAGAAGCUAGAAAAGGAAUGACAAAUGAUGAAGCAGAAUUUUCAGUUGAAUCAGAAUUGGAUCAUCAAGUAUACUUGUGGUCCGAUAAAUAUAGACCUCGUAAACCUAGAUAUUUUAAUAGGGUACAUACUGGUUUUGAAUGGAAUAAAUAUAAUCAAACUCAUUAUGAUAUGGAUAAUCCACCUCCAAAAAUAGUACAAGGAUAUAAAUUUAAUAUAUUUUACCCAGAUUUAAUAAAUAAGGGUUCAACUCCUCAAUAUUUUUUGACUGCUUGUGCAGACAAUCCAGAAUUUGCAGUUUUACGGUUUCAUGCAGGACCUCCUUAUGAAGAUAUUGCAUUCAAAAUAGUAAAUAGAGAAUGGGAAUAUUCUUAUAAACGUGGUUUUCGUUGUCAAUUUCAUAAUAAUAUUUUUCAACUAUGGUUUCAUUUCAAACGAUAUCGGUAUAGAAGAUAGUUUGAUACAACAAUCCAUUUUUUUACCUGUGUAUUCUAAUCUAUUAAUAAAGACAACAUUUUGUUUUAUGAUUAUAUAA